AUGGCACUCUCGUACAUCUGGUACAUCCUGCGCAAUGGCCUCGGCCAGCAAUUCUUUGUGCCACCCGCACCACUAACAGAGAGGAACUUACCGGACCAGACCGACCGCGUGUUUAUGAUUACUGGAGGCUACGCAGGUGUCGGGCAAGAAGUGGUCUCCAUCCUGUAUGGCGCAAAUGGUACCGUUUGGAUUGUUGGACGCUCUGAAUCAAAGGCUUCAGCCGCGAUUGACAGAAUCACUGCUCAGCACCCGCAAUCCUCGGGCAAACUCCACUUUCUGAAGGUCGACCUUUCGGACCUCACGACCAUCAAGCCAGCGGUCGAGGACUUCCACCGGAGGAAUGAGUCUGGCAAGCUUCAUUGGUUGAACAACAAUGCUGGGGUAAUGACUCCACCGCCCAAUUCGACCGGCGCCCAGGGUCUUGACCUCCAGUACGUGACCAACAUCUACGCCCCAUUCCUCCUCACAAAGUUGCUGCUGCCGACACUUCGCGAGACUGCCAAAACCGAGAAGUCUGCGCCGGGCACGGUCAGAGUCAGCUGGGCUGGCAGCAGUGCUUCAUUCAUGAGCAGACCACACGCCGGUCUUGCAUGGACACCCGACAACAAAGACCUUGUCUAUGCCAUCGACAAUCCGCAGAUGGCGUAUGCGAUUAGCAAGGCUGCCAACUUCUAUCUCGGAAGCGAGUUUGGUCAUAGGUAUGGUAAUGACGAUGGCGUGCUGCACGACAGCUACAAUCCAGGCAACCUCCGAAGCGAACUCCAACGUCAUCUGUCCGGCUUACCUCAACGACUCAUUUAUGCUCUGGUGCACCCACCUAUACAAGGCGCCUAUACAGAGCUAUACUGCGGCCUCUCACCAGAGCUUACCCUGCCCAAUGAUCAAGGCGCCUGGGUCGUGCCUUGGGGCCGGAAGAGCGAUAUGCGGCCAGAUAUGCUGGCCGAGGCGAAGCGAGCAGGCGAGAAGGACAGUGUUGGAUGUAAACUCUGGGAAUGGUGUGAGAGUGUUACGAGAGAGUAUGCAUGA